AUGGUGACAAGACGUAGAAGUCGUACUGUUGAAGAAUCUGUGGAUAAUAGCAAAGAAUCCACUUUGGAAUCCAAUGUUAAUGAAGAAGACCAAGACGAAAGUAAAGAAGAUGAAGAGGAUGGACCAUUACCGAAAAAAAUCAAAUUAGAUAAUGCUAACGGCGAUACCAAGGACAUAGUCAAUGAUGAUGAUGGUGAUGGUGCUGAAUUAUCAGAUAAGCCUUCUAAAGAGGAGCUAAUUACGCCAACACCUGUGAUUGUAAAUCUCGAUGAUGCGGAUGCAAAAGAUGAUGAUACGGACGCAAAAGUAAAUGGCGAUACGAAUAUAGAUUCCAAAAAUCCGGUAAUAGAUGAAACAAUUGCUGAUGAGGAGAAAGGAAUAGUAAGUUUUGAAUUCGAUGGUGUAGAAUAUAAAUUCAAAGAAAGAGCUAGUGUUAUUGAAGAAAAGGAAGGGAAGAUUGAAUUUAGAGUAGUAAACAAUGAUAAUACAAAGGAAAAUAUGAUGGUUUUAACAGGAUUGAAAAAUAUUUUCCAAAAGCAAUUACCUAAGAUGCCCAAAGAAUAUAUUGCAAGAUUGGUUUAUGAUCGAAGUCAUCUUUCAAUGGCUGUAGUGAGGAAACCAUUGACUGUAGUUGGUGGUAUCACAUAUAGACCAUUUGAUAAAAGAGAAUUUGCAGAAAUCGUAUUUUGUGCUAUUAGCUCUACUGAACAAGUUCGUGGGUAUGGUGCCCAUUUGAUGAAUCAUUUGAAAGAUUAUGUUAGAAAUACCUCAAAUAUUAAAUAUUUCUUAACUUAUGCUGAUAAUUAUGCCAUAGGUUAUUUUAAGAAACAAGGUUUCACAAAGGAAAUUACUUUGGAUAAAAGCAUUUGGAUGGGGUAUAUUAAAGAUUAUGAAGGUGGUACAUUAAUGCAAUGUUCAAUGUUACCUAAAAUACGAUAUUUAGAUGCAGGUAAAAUUCUUUUGUUACAAGAAGCAGCACUUCGAAGGAAAAUUAGAACGAUAUCUAAAUCUCAUGUAGUAAGGCCAGGAUUAGAAGUAUUUAAAGAGCUCAAAAAUAUUAAACCUAUCGAUCCAAUGACAAUCCCUGGUUUAAAAGAAGCAGGUUGGACUCCUGAAAUGGAUGAAUUAGCUCAAAGACCGAAAAGAGGACCACAUUUUGCCGCUAUCCAAAACAUAUUGACAGAACUUCAAAAUCAUGCUGCAGCUUGGCCAUUCUUACAACCAGUUAAUAAAGAAGAAGUCCCAGACUAUUAUGAAUUCAUUAAAGAACCAAUGGAUUUAAGUACCAUGGAAAUUAAAUUAGAAAAUAAUAAAUAUCAAAAAAUGGAAGACUUUAUUUAUGAUGCAAGAUUGGUAUUCAACAACUGUAGAAUGUACAAUGGUGAAAAUACUUCAUAUUUCAAAUAUGCUAAUAGAUUAGAGAAGUUCUUCAAUUCAAAGAUUAAGGAAAUACCAGAAUAUGCAGGUUUAUUAAACUGA